AUGACUGCCUUCAAUAUUUCCGACUCUGACCUGCUUGCUAUUCUAGACUAUGUCCGCACUCGCAAGGAUGUCCCUCCUCACAUUAUGGCUAUUCUUGAAAAUGUGGACAAGGCUUCACUCCCUCCUGAUGGUGUAUAUCCCACUCCCUCAUCUUCGCACAUACAGUCACCGUUUCCGAUGCAUGCUAGACCAUUGAACAGUCUCCCCUUACCAGUACCGGCAGGCUCUUCAGCCCUCCCUUCUAUCACGGAAGAGUCAAAUGAGGGUGAAGUUGUCCUUGGUUUAAUCACCAUCCGGGGUGCACCCAGCCCAGGACGGGACUCACCUCCUGUUCAGCCAGGCCCCAGACUCUCACCACCUCCUCAGGCUGAUGGACCUCCUGACGUUGAGAAUGUCGCUCAGCAAGAUCAAGUGGAUCAGUCUGAACGCUCGGACAACUCAGAUGGCUCGGACGACUCGAUCGAGGAACCACUUGCUCAAGCUGUACGGCGUUUGGCUGGCGCCCUCCCACUUCCCAGAGAUAAUUGCCCACGUGGAGGGGUACGUCCUCGCAAGCCUAGUCAACGGCGCAACCACCGACAGGGCCAACAUGGUGAGCAGGAUAUGUUCGAGGACCAUGAUCUAUUCGCAGGGGAGGGUGCAGAGGAAAACGAGAAUGAUGACGAUGAGGAGCCUGGGGACCCGGCAGGACAUGACAAUUUGCCUAAAGGCUCACCGGCAAAGUGGGGUAUUUCAGACCUUCCAGCUGCAUUGAAUGGGUGGCCAGGGAAGACUGCCACCAAAUUCCUCUGUGACCUCAUCAGUGGUGCUCAUGGUAAUUUCCAAGCACCGUCGGUCUCUAUAUGGGUAGAAUCAAUGAAGGACCUUGUUGAAGGACGAUCAUGGGAUGCUCACGAUGGCGCUUUCCGUACCAAUGCCCUGUGGGCUCUGGUGAGCCGGGUCAGUCGUGCAGAGAAGGUUUUGUCUGGUGCAGAGUUUGUAUCGAUGAUGACGAAGAUUCAGUUGGCGGCAAAGGUAGACAGCAUACAGAAAACUCGAAACACGCAGGUCGCGAAGGGCGGGAAGAUGACAAUGGCACAAGUGUACAGUCUCAUUUCCGAAGAACCUGAUGCUCCCAAAGAGAAGACGUUCUCAGAAUGGGUCGCGUUCGGUCAUCGGUUUGCCGCUCUGGCAGGUGCAGGGUCGGUCUAUCUACUUAUGAUCAUCGCCGCGCAUGGCAUGUACUCUCAGAUUGGCAGGACCAAGCAGGCCACCAUCUGGACCAUGUGCAAUUGCUUGCGAUGGCCAAAUCCUGACACUCUAAUAGGCCAGCAUAUUCUUGGACGACUGAUUCCUCUAGCCAGUGGGCUGUCAUCCAACAUUGAUUGCCGGGAUUUUGUAUCCUCCGACAAGUUCUUUAGUAUGUUCAUAACCAACACUUUUCGCUCCGUGGAUCGUCAUUCAGAAUCAUGGGCGCCUUGUAUGACACCCUUGACUUCUCCCUUAACUGAGCUGGAGCAAGGCAUGACUGGCGUAGACCUGAUGGUGCAGAACAUCCUAACGACAGCGUCCUCCACUUGUUCCACUCGACCACCGUCCACUCGAGCACCGUCACCUAUGGAUGAUUCCGACGAUGAACAUCACGCAACCACAAUAGGUGUCUGCGAGAACUCUGAUAAUAAUGAUGAUCUUUUUAUGGUGGACGCUCAAUCCAAAAAGUUCUAUACACCUGAUUCCAGUUCACCUAACUACUUGGUAUUUGACACUGAUUUCCGUCCUCAAGCCAAAAAGAACAGAAAGGCUCCUUAUCCCAAAACUGAUCCCAAGGAGCGAUUAGUUUGGACGGACGAGCAGCGACACUAUGCAGGUGAUGCAUGGGUUGCCAAGACCUUAGAAAACUUUGAGGAGGGUAUUCAAGAGCAUUACAACAAGGACGGUGUCAAAUUCGCGAACUCCUAUAUUUAUCUAAGUCGCUCUGCCUUUGAGGGUAAGGAGAUUCGUCUCAAUUCUAAGGAGGGUGAGCUAUUGGCCUUCAUAGCCAGUGAUAUGUCGCAAGACAUGAAGGACACCCUGGAGCGUGGUUUGCGCUCGGUCAUUUUUUCAGACGGUUCUCCAGAGUAUGAACUUCAAUCUAUGGAUUCCUCAGCUUCAACGGGGCAACACCAGUUUCCCUGUAUUCAUUUUUCAAGGUAUGCUCGGCAUAUUACCCGCGGAGACGAUGCACCUACCAAUAUUCAUCCUUUGUUUCUAUACAAGGUUGAGUGUGGACACACAAAUCAUCAUCAAUUCACGCCGUACUUCUCCAAAGAAUUGUGGGAGCAUGAGGAAGAGUACGAUAGCCUGAGUAAAGUCUUUGAAGAGUUUUGUGAAUGGAUGCAAGCUAAACGGCUGCCAGAAGUAUACAAAAGCCUUGAAAUAUUUGCUGAGGUGCUUCCUGGCAGAGAGGUCUCACCCUGUCAUCCAUUCACUAGCAUGGUUCUUAACGUGAACGUUGUUACGCAUGUUCAUCGUGAUGUCAAGGACUUGAAGGCAUGUUUAGUUUUGGUGCUUGGUGACCAUACUGGUGGGGACCUGUGCUUGGUAGAGCCCGGUCUGGUCUUCCCACUUCGUGCUGGGGACCUGGUGGUAUUUCAUUCUGGAGAUGUCACUCACUUUAAUCUUCACUACCGAGGAGAAAGGGCCUCUCUUGUCCUCCAUUCAGAUGCUGAAGGAAAACAUUGGCAGGAGGAUCAGAUGGGCUGGAAGGAUAAUGAUUAUAUGGCUGUAGCAUAG